CCUGUCUGUAGUCUGUACCUCUGCAUGAAAUUAUUUUAUUUUAUAUUGAAGAAAAAAGAAAAAGAAAGAAAGAAAGAAAGAACCCUAACUACCUCACUGAAACAGUAAAGCAUCACUUUCCUUCUCUCCCUUUAAUCACCAUCAGAUUUGCCUCACUUGAUCUCCAUACUCCAUAGUCCACAAUCCAUACCCACAAACACAGAGAGAGAGAUAGGAGAAGGGGGAGGGGGUCUCUGUCUCUUUUAAUGCUCUCUAAUCCAAAUGCCAUUUGCUUUCUUUUGCUUCUUUGUCAAUGCUCUGACUCAUCUUUUCUCUUUCUGAUUUUUGAUUCCUUUCUUGCAUUUCUAUCUUCGAGUAACUACAAAUGGUGGUCCAACUUUUGUGCUCAGUUCUUGUCUUGUUGCUCCUCCUGCCUACUGGGAAACCAGAGAUUUAUAUUGUUACUAUGGAUGGGGAGCCUGUCAUAAGUUAUAAAGGAGGUGUCCCUGGGUUUGAGCCCAUUGCUGAAGAUUCUGAUGAGAAGAUUGAUGCCACCAGUCAAUUGGUCACAUCCUAUGCUCAGCAUCUUGAAGAGAAACAUGAUAUGCUUCUCGGUUCACUGUUUGACCAUGGAGCAUAUAAGAAACUCUACAGCUAUAAACAUCUUAUAAAUGGUUUUGCUGUCCAUAUAUCCCCUGAGCAGGCAGAAACCCUGAGGUGUGCCCCAGGUGUGAAGUCUGUGGAGAGAGACUGGAAGGUGAGGAGACUCACAACACAUACUCCACAGUUUUUGGGGCUUCCAACUGGUGUCUGGCCAACAGGAGGUGGAUUUGACAGGGCUGGAGAGAACAUUGUGAUAGGAUUUGUUGACUCUGGAAUUUAUCCUCACCAUCCAAGCUUUGCAACGCACAGCACUAAUCCAUAUGAGCCCCUUCCAAAUUACAGAGGAAAAUGUGAAGUUGAUCCUAAUACUAAGAAAGACUUUUGCAAUGGAAAGAUUAUUGGAGCCCAACAUUUUGCUGAAGCUGCUAUAGCAGCUGGGGCAUUCAACCCUUCUAUUGAUUUUGCUUCUCCCAUGGAUGGUGACGGACAUGGAAGCCAUACAGCUGCUAUUGCAGCUGGAAAUAAUGGUGUUCCUGUGAGAAUGCAUGGCCAUGAAUUUGGGAAAGCAAGUGGGAUGGCUCCUCAUGCUAGGAUUGCUGUGUACAAGGCACUCUACAGGCUUUUUGGAGGCUUUGUUGCGGAUGUAGUAGCUGCUAUUGAUCAGGCUGUUCAUGAUGGCGUUGAUAUACUCAACCUCUCAGUGGGACCUAAUAGCCCUCCAGCAACCACCAAGACAACAUUUUUAAAUCCCUUUGAUGCUACCCUACUUGCAGCUGUGAAAGCUGGUGUAUUUGUGGCACAUGCUGCUGGGAAUGGAGGUCCCUUCCCCAAAACAUUGGUUUCUUAUAGUCCUUGGAUAACAUCUGUGGCAGCUGCCGUUGAUGAUCGGAGAUACAAGAACCAUCUAACCCUGGGAAAUGGAAAAAUCUUAGCUGGAAUUGGAUUGUCACCCUCUACACAUCCAAAUCAAACGUAUACCUUGGUUGCUGCAAAUGAUGUAUUACUGGAUUCUUCAGUAAUGAAGUACAGUCCUUCAGACUGCCAGAGGCCAGAACUUUUGAACAAAAACUUGGUUGAGGGGAAUAUUCUUCUUUGCGGCUAUUCCUUUAAUUUUGUUUCUGGUACUGCAUCUGUCAAAAAGGUUUCAGAAACAGCCAAGAGUCUUGGUGCAAUUGGAUUUGCUCUUGCUGUGGAAAAUGUUUAUCCAGGAGCCAAGUUUGAUCCUGUCCCUGUCGGUGUUCCUGGGAUUCUCAUCACAGAAGUCCCUAAAUCAAUGGAUCUCAUAGAUUAUUACAACAUUUCUACACCAAGAGAUUGGACUGGACGAGUGAAGAGCUUCAAUGCUACUGGAAGCAUUGGUGACGGUUUGAUGCCUAUACUCCAUAAAUCAGCACCACAGGUGGCGUUAUUCUCUGCUCGAGGACCCAACAUAAAAGAUUUCAGUUUCCAAGAUGCUGAUCUUCUUAAACCAGAUAUCUUGGCUCCUGGUUCUCUUAUUUGGGCUGCUUGGUCUCCAAAUGGAACAGAUGAGCCAAAUUAUGUUGGAGAAGGAUUUGCCAUGAUAUCUGGUACGAGCAUGGCUGCACCCCAUAUUGCAGGGAUAGCUGCGCUUGUGAAGCAGAAACAUCCUCAUUGGAGUCCUGCUGCCAUCAAAUCAGCCUUAAUGACAACAUCAACACAGCUGGACAGAGCAGAAAGACCUCUUCAAGCACAACAGUACUCUGAAACCGAAACCAUGAAGCUGGUAACUGCUACGCCCUUUGAUUAUGGGAGUGGUCAUGUUAAUCCAAAGGCUGCUCUGGACCCCGGACUCAUCUUUGAUGCAGGUUACGAGGAUUACCUGGGAUUCUUGUGCACGACUCCUGGCAUUGAUUCCCAUGAGAUUAAGAACUACACAAACUCUCCUUGCAACUACACCAUGAACCAUCCAUCAAAUUUCAACGGUCCAUCAAUCACUGUAUCCCAUCUAGUGAAAACUCAAACAUUUACUCGAACAGUCACAAAUGUUGCCGAGGAAGAAACCUAUGUGAUCACAACAAGAAUGCAACCAUCUAUCGCCGUUGAAGUUACCCCAUCAGCAAUGACACUAAAACCUGGUGCAUCAAGGAAGUUCUCCAUCAGUCUCACCGUGCGAUCAGUGACCGGAACAUAUAGUUUUGGAGAGAUAUUCAUGAAAGGCAGCCGGGGGCACAAGGUAAAGAUCCCAGUGGUAGCUAUGGGAUACUGGCGAUAGAAUGAGUUACUUGGUGAUCAUCUACAUUAAAGUUUUUAAGGUUUUGAUAUUCUUUGCAACAUUUUGUAAUAAGAUACAAGGCUAGAUGUGUUUGAUACAAAAUAUAUAUGUGGAAUAGUUGUAAAGGUAACCAGUAUAAGGGAGAGACAGACCACUAGUUUCUUCCAGGUAUAAGUUUUACUAAUUUCUUUAGUAAUUUCAUUACUUUUUUCUCCA